AUGGCCUUCCAACUAUUUUCAAUCUUCAUGAUCAUCUCAAUUUUCCUUCUUCUUCCGUCAUCCAUUUCCCCCGGUCCAGUCGCCAAACCCGGAUGUCCGGACCGGUGUGGGAAGUUACCCAUCCCAUAUCCAUUCGGAGUCGGCCCGGAUUGCUCCCUCGACCCGUCCUUCAACAUCAGCUGCAUAGCUUCCACCUCCACGGAUCCUCCAAAAGCGUACAUCACAAUUCUUGAUAAAGAAGUGAUCGAAAUAAACGAAACGUAUGUUCGGGUCAAGUAUCCUAACUUCUUGGCGUCCGCUUGCUACGGCCUGCCUGGGUAUAAUGAGCCGCACGGUGCGGCUGUGAAUCUGUCGGGGACUCAGUACACGCUGUCGUCGGAGAACUGGCUGACCGCCAUCGGGUGCGACGAUAUGGUGCUGGGGAAUGAGCAGCCGAAUGGGAGCUCGGUGGGGAGCAGCUGCGCCUCGCUUUGCGGCGAGAGGAAUCACACCGGCGGCGUUGGGUAUUGCCCGGAUAACGGGUUUUGGUCGGUGCUCGGUAAUGGCUGUUGCCGGGCUCCCGUUACCGGAGGUAAUCGUUAA